ACCAGAGCUAGCCUCACUUUUUAGUUUCCUUUGCUUAAACUAAUGAACCCGGGCCGGUAGUUUCAGGAUGUCGCUGCUGAAGCCGUUCAGCAAGCUGCCCGGGUUGAACUCGGCGAACAUCUUGCUGGUGGAGAGCAAGGAGGAGUUUCAGCAGAGUUUAGCUGAUGCUCUGGUGCAGGAGACGUCGUUCACUGUCAAUGUGAGACUGGCCAAGAGUCUGCCUCUGCCCAUGGAGAACGAGGAGAGCCGUCCGAGGAUAGACCUUGUGGUGUUCAUCAUUGACCUGACCUCCGGGCUCAGUUUCCAGUCGACAGAAGCUUCCCUGAAAUGUUUGGACCCUGGAUAUUUCCUCGGAAAAGUCUGCUUCAUGGUCAUUAAUGCUCGUAAUGCUGCAGCCCCCAUCGAGCGCCUGGACGCCGUCAGGAAGCUGGCAGCGUCGCUGCACUGCCCCCUGCUGUUUACGGAGGAUCAGACACCAGACGGUGUGACCAACGCCACGGAGAGGCUGCUGACCAUCCUGAAGGUUGCAGCUGGCUUUGUUCCCAUGGCUACCGCUCUCUACCUGUCCAACCUGACCCGCAGCACCGUGUCCUCGGAUAUCGACCAGCCGAGCUUCGAUUAGUCCCCCACCACCCGGCUGUUUCCUUUUGGAGGGAGGUCUUGUGUGAGUGUAUAUAUUUAUUUGUAGUAGUGGACUCUUCCAAACUGACAACCCGUUAGCAUGAUAUUUCCUUCUUGUCAUUUCACAUUACAUGUGUGUGCCUUUUGGAUUGCAGCUCCAGAGAGGAUUUAAAAUGUUCUUUUUAAACCACAUGCGAAGUCUGGAUUUGAUACAAUAUCAUUCACGUGUGAAAACUGGAGACCAAAUAUAUUGCAACUCACCAUAACCAGGUUUCUUCCGGAUCUGUGAAGAACACGGAAGACUUUGUUGACACGACGUUGCACUGCAAAAACAGAUGUGACUGAUUGACAAUUAAUUAUGGUGCCAUUCCUGUGAGCCAAUGUGCACCAGACCAACGCCUCAAUGCAACAAGGGCCCUAAUUAAUGUUAUUAAUUGCACCUGUGUUCACCCCUACUAUGUGACACGGCCAAAUGGCAGCAGAGCCCUCGUUAAUGUAUUUAAACUGACACCUGUGCUUCUCCUGCUACGUUGUUGCUUCCAUGGUAGCCCCUCUAACUUUGAACCUAACAGACGUCUAAUCAGCCGGAUUUCUUUUUGUUAACACCCGUGUGCGUGUGCAGGCCCUUUUAUCAAUUAUUCUGUGUUUGUACAGCAACAAACGUGAAACUGCUCUCUGUAAAUCGGGCCAACAAGAAGCUGAUGAUGCACGGAUUCAUUCAAAGCCGCUUCAAUAUUUUGGUAUUGCACAGUGUAUUUAAUUAUAAUAUGGCAAAAUAUGCUUUUUCUUUUUUGUGGAAAUGUGUAGAGGUAUAUUUUUGAAAGCUUCGUCACAACACAGUGAAAUUACAGAAUAAAUGUUCCUGUUUGUCACAUGUUGGACCAGA